AUGGCGGACGGUCUGAUGGCAUGUCGUACUCGCUCCAAGAGGCCCCUCCGGGACGUCCCCAUGGGCCAGCUGGAGGCAGAGCUCCGCGCCCCCGACAUCACGCCUGAUAUGUACGGGUGUGGCUCUGCCCCCGAGGACCGCGAGUGGACCCACUGGCUUCAGGGCAUCAUGACAUCUGACAUGUACAACGAUGGUGAGGGGGUGGAGCGUGUGCGCGCUGCUCAAUUCCAAAUCCACCCCCAGCAACUACCCUCGACAGCUAGUGUAGAUGGGACAUUCUCACGAAGCUGUCAAAUAACAAAACUAAUUCUCAAGUGUCAUUUUUCACAAAAUGUCCUCUUGAAUCACUGAGACUAUAAUUACAUAAUUAUUAUAGUUUAAAAAAAAACAGAUAUGCAUUUGACCAACAUUUCCACAAAUGUCUCAUUACUGUAACAGUCCAAAAAUAACAAAUCAAUAUUCCUAAUAUUUUUUGAACAUUGCUUCCCUAAUGAAAAGGCCUGAGUUAAACAUAACACUGAAAAUAAAAUAACAUUUUACUUUUUCCCAAUUUGAUUUCUUUAUCCAUUUCUGUAAUGAGGCCAAGUGGGGUAAAAGGGGUGUUUUGAGAAUAAUAACCUCAUUCUGAAGGCAUAUAAGCAAAUACGUUUACUUGUGCUCAUCUAAGGAUUACUCUAGAUCAGGGUUUCCCAAAGUCUGUCGUGGGGCCCCGCCGGGUGCACGUUUUCGUUUUUUGCCCUAGCACUACACAGCUGACUCAAAUAACCAACUCAUCAUCAAGCUUUUUUUUAAUCAGCUGUGUAGUGCUAGGGCAAAAACCAAAACGUACACCCGGGGUGGCCCCAGGACCUACUUUGGGGAAACCCUGCUCUUAUGGAACCCUGUUGGUGACAUACUCACUCUUGCACACAAACUCUUGCACUCUGUUCCUCUUUUUCAAAUGUUAUUUUUCUUUUCAGAGGAAGGCGAUGAUGAUGACGACCCUGAGUAUAACUUCCUGGCGGAGAUCGACGAACCCGACGUGGAGGAUUACCGCAACGACCGAGCCGUCCGCAUCACCAGUGAGUUACCUAGGGACGGAGCUGCCUAGCAGCCAAGAGAUGGAGUCAACUUGUCUAGGCUGUGACUGUCAGGCGCUGACCCUCAUCUCCCAUUUUUCAUGAUUUUUUUUCAGAAAAGGAAGUGAACCAGUUGAUGGAAGAGUUGUUUGAGACUGUAAGAGAUUCUGUGUUAUGUUUGUUUUGUCUCUUUCUCUAUCCCUCUGAACACCCCCUCUGUAUAUGUCCCUUUUUUACCCCUCUGUUUAUGUUGUGUGGUUGUCUAUGUGUAGUGUAUUUAUCUCUCCGUGUGCUCCAGUUCCAGGAUGAGCUCACUGUUCAGGAGCAAGACGAGGAAGGACACGAGGAAGAGGAGGAGAGGGAGGAAGAGGCACCUUCCCUAGGGACGCCCACCUUCAACACACUGACAGAUAUCCCGUUAGUAUACCCGCACACUUAUGCACUUCAUAUACACACAGUUCUGCUGUUGUUUGGUACACUCUGCUGCAGGAAGUUUUGGGGUCAAUUGGGGUCAUUUAAUUCCAUUGAUCAAAUCAAAUUUGAAUUACAUUUUCAUUUACAUUUUCGUAAUUUAGCAGACGCUCUUAUCCAGAGCGACUUACAAAUUAGUGCAUUCACCUUAUGAUAGCCAGUGGGACAAAUAUGUGUAGACUAACAGUGAAAUGCUUAUUUACGGGUCCUUUUCCAACAAUGCAGCAUUAAAGAUACAAAAAAAUAGAAAAUAGAAAUUGUGACACGAGGAAUAAAUACACAGUGAAUAAUGAAUUCGUAGUCAGUUCAAAAUGUAAUUCUGUAUAUUAAUGUCAACCUCUAAACACAACCUUUAUACCUUCAACUCACCCACCAACCUUUAUACCUUCAACUCACCCAGCCAGUGACAUUUUUUCAAUCUCCAAUCACAACCUUCAUACCUCUGAGUGACAACUUUCAACCUCCUCUGAUUUGACCGCUGUAUAGCUGACCCAGUUUGACCUUUGAUCCCAAGGUUGGGGGACCCCAUGGCGGAGGUGACGGCAGGGAGCUACCGUACGUGAAGGAGCAGCUGGCCGCCAUCCGGCGUCGCCGGGCCCUGCUGGAAGCCAGGGCCUGUUGGCCCCAGGAGCCUCGUCACCAAGCCCCGGGAGCCCCCACCCUCCUUCACCCCCACCCUCUCCCACCGCCAGAGACUCCAGCGCAGCAGCAAGUCCCGCAGUCUAGGUCCUUGUCUUUGGUCAAGUUGGGUUAUUCCACAAUUCAAUCCUUUAAAUCCCUGUCCCUGUAAAUUCAUUUAAUUCAAUUCAAAUUCCAGGUCAGUCUUUGAAUUCAAGAUAAUUGAAUCUCCAUUCCAAUGUUAGCUCAAUCCAAAAUUCUAUUCCCAUUAAUAUUAUCCCCACAAUUUCCCCAAAAUUUAAUUCAAUUCCCUCAGGUUUUUGGGGGGGGUUAGUUGGUUAUACCUGGAGUACUUCUCCGGUCUUAUCCAGUGUCCUGUGUGAAUUUAAGUAUGCUCUCUCUAAUUCUCUCGUUCUUCUUUCUCUCUGAGAACCUGAGCCCUAGGACCAUACGUCAGGAUACCGGGCAUGAUGAACACCUUGCUGUCCCCAGUCCGCCUGGCCUUGCUGCUAUUCCAGUUUCAAACUGUUCUGCCUGCGGUUACGAACCCCUACCUGUCCCAGACCUGCUGUUUUCAACUCUCAAUGAUCGGCUAUGAAAAGCCAACUGAGAGACCUGAUGACACCUUGCUGUCCCCAGUCCGCCUGGCCUUGCUGCUAUUCCAGUUUCAACUGUUCUGCCUGCGGUUAUGGAACCCCUACCUGUCCAGACCUGCUGUUUUCAACUCUUAAUGAUCGGCUAUGAAAGCCAACUGAGAUUUAUUCCUGAUUAUUAUUUGACCAUGCUUGUCACUUAUGAACAUUUUUGAACAUCUUGGCAUGGUUCUGUUAUAAUCUUCCCCCGGCACAGCCAGAAGAGGACUGGCCACCCCUCAUAGCCUGGUUCCUCUCUAGGUUUCUUCCUAGGUUUUCGCCUUUCUAGGGAGUUUUUCCUAGCCACCGUGCUUCUACACCUGCAUUACUAGCUGUUUGGGGUUUUAGGCUGGGUUUCUGUACAGCACUUCGAGAUAUUAGCUGAUGUAAGAAGGGCUAUAUAAAAUAAAAUUGAUUGAUUGAUUGAUUGAAUGCAAUAGAAAUGCGAUUUUACACAACUUUGCACUGGUAACCUCCUGCUUUUGCUCUCCCCCUACCCCUCUCACAGCCACCCAUGGCGGACGGUCUGAUGGCAUGUCGUACUCGCUCCAAGAGGCCCCUCCGGGACGUCCCCAUGGGCCAGCUGGAGGCAGAGCUCCGCGCCCCCGACAUCACGCCUGAUAUGUACGGGUGUGGCUCUGCCCCCGAGGACCGCGAGUGGACCCACUGGCUUCAGGGCAUCAUGACAUCUGACAUGUACAACGAUGGUGAGGGGGUGGAGCGUGUGCGCGCUGCUCAAUUCCAAAUCCACCCCCAGCAACUACCCUCGACAGCUAGUGUAGAUGGGACAUUCUCACGAAGCUGUCAAAUAACAAAACUAAUUCUCAAGUGUCAUUUUUCACAAAAUGUCCUCUUGAAUCACUGAGACUAUAAUUACAUAAUUAUUAUAGUUUAAAAAAAAACAGAUAUGCAUUUGACCAACAUUUCCACAAAUGUCUCAUUACUGUAACAGUCCAAAAAUAACAAAUCAAUAUUCCUAAUAUUUUUUGAACAUUGCUUCCCUAAUGAAAAGGCCUGAGUUAAACAUAACACUGAAAAUAAAAUAACAUUUUACUUUUUCCCAAUUUGAUUUCUUUAUCCAUUUCUGUAAUGAGGCCAAGUGGGGUAAAAGGGGUGUUUUGAGAAUAAUAACCUCAUUCUGAAGGCAUAUAAGCAAAUACGUUUACUUGUGCUCAUCUAAGGAUUACUCUAGAUCAGGGUUUCCCAAAGUCUGUCGUGGGGCCCCGCCGGGUGCACGUUUUCGUUUUUUGCCCUAGCACUACACAGCUGACUCAAAUAACCAACUCAUCAUCAAGCUUUUUUUUAAUCAGCUGUGUAGUGCUAGGGCAAAAACCAAAACGUACACCCGGGGUGGCCCCAGGACCUACUUUGGGGAAACCCUGCUCUUAUGGAACCCUGUUGGUGACAUACUCACUCUUGCACACAAACUCUUGCACUCUGUUCCUCUUUUUCAAAUGUUAUUUUUCUUUUCAGAGGAAGGCGAUGAUGAUGACGACCCUGAGUAUAACUUCCUGGCGGAGAUCGACGAACCCGACGUGGAGGAUUACCGCAACGACCGAGCCGUCCGCAUCACCAGUGAGUUACCUAGGGACGGAGCUGCCUAGCAGCCAAGAGAUGGAGUCAACUUGUCUAGGCUGUGACUGUCAGGCGCUGACCCUCAUCUCCCAUUUUUCAUGAUUUUUUUUCAGAAAAGGAAGUGAACCAGUUGAUGGAAGAGUUGUUUGAGACUGUAAGAGAUUCUGUGUUAUGUUUGUUUUGUCUCUUUCUCUAUCCCUCUGAACACCCCCUCUGUAUAUGUCCCUUUUUUACCCCUCUGUUUAUGUUGUGUGGUUGUCUAUGUGUAGUGUAUUUAUCUCUCCGUGUGCUCCAGUUCCAGGAUGAGCUCACUGUUCAGGAGCAAGACGAGGAAGGACACGAGGAAGAGGAGGAGAGGGAGGAAGAGGCACCUUCCCUAGGGACGCCCACCUUCAACACACUGACAGAUAUCCCGUUAGUAUACCCGCACACUUAUGCACUUCAUAUACACACAGUUCUGCUGUUGUUUGGUACACUCUGCUGCAGGAAGUUUUGGGGUCAAUUGGGGUCAUUUAAUUCCAUUGAUCAAAUCAAAUUUGAAUUACAUUUUCAUUUACAUUUUCGUAAUUUAGCAGACGCUCUUAUCCAGAGCGACUUACAAAUUAGUGCAUUCACCUUAUGAUAGCCAGUGGGACAAAUAUGUGUAGACUAACAGUGAAAUGCUUAUUUACGGGUCCUUUUCCAACAAUGCAGCAUUAAAGAUACAAAAAAAUAGAAAAUAGAAAUUGUGACACGAGGAAUAAAUACACAGUGAAUAAUGAAUUCGUAGUCAGUUCAAAAUGUAAUUCUGUAUAUUAAUGUCAACCUCUAAACACAACCUUUAUACCUUCAACUCACCCACCAACCUUUAUACCUUCAACUCACCCAGCCAGUGACAUUUUUUCAAUCUCCAAUCACAACCUUCAUACCUCUGAGUGACAACUUUCAACCUCCUCUGAUUUGACCGCUGUAUAGCUGACCCAGUUUGACCUUUGAUCCCAAGGUUGGGGGACCCCAUGGCGGAGGUGACGGCAGGGAGCUACCGUACGGUGAAGGAGCAGCUGGCCGCCAUCCGGCGUCGCCGGGCCCUGCUGGAGAGCCAGGGCCUGUUGGCCCCCAGGAGCCUCGUCACCAAGCCCCGGGAGCCCCCACCUCCCUUCACCCCCACCCUCUCCCACCGCCAGAGACUCCAGCUGCAGCAGCAAGUCCAGCAGGUCUAGGGUCCUUGUCUUUGUGUCAGAGUUGGGGUUAAUUCCACAAAUUCAAUCCUAAUUAAAUUCCCUGUCCCUGUAAAUUCAUUUAAUUCAAUUCAAAUUCCAGGUCAGUCUUUGAAUUCAGAGAUAAUUGAAUACCUCUCAAUUCCAAUGUUAGCUCAAUUCCAAGAAUUCUAUUCCCAAUUAAAUAUUAUCCCCAACAAUUCCACAAAUUCGAAUUCAAUUCCCUCAGGUUUUCAGGCUGAUCAUGUCACUGUUCCGACAGCCUAGCUAUACUGGAAAUAUUGGAAUACAUGUUGAAAUAAUUAAAAACAAAUACUGCAGUCAAUUUUUUAUACUAAGUGCAUUAAUUCCAUUAACUGGGAAAUUUACAAAUAUUGAAUUUCAAUUCUAAAAAUGAAAUGUUUUUACAAAUUCCAAUCCAAAAUUCCAAUUGAAUUAAACGCUAAUUCUCCACUUCAUGAGUGAAUUCAAAUUACAUUUCAAAUUAAAUUGGAAUUGACCCGAACCCUGCUUUAUAUUUAAUUGAGCUAAAUCAAAACCUAGGUAGUAAAAUCCUGGUCAAGCUUCCACAAUUAAGAUAACCUUUGUUUGUUUCUCGGUCGGUAAUGACUGUAUUUUCCUCUGUCUGCAGCACGUCCAGCUCCUGACCCAGGUCCACAUGUUGACCAGCCCGGUGGCUGCACUGCAGAGUGAAGCUGCCACCACCAAGCAGUUCCUGGUGAGAGAGAAACCUACUGACAAACACACUUUCACUGGUGCCUUUAUCGGCACUAACUUAUAAACAUACUCUCAUUCUCUCUGAUACUCCCACCAUAUCUCUCUCCCUUUCAUCUCUCUCUCUCUUAAAAUAUAUAUAGUUAAUGUAGUCCUUCCCUACCUCUCUGCCUCAGAUGGAGUUACAGAUGUUUGCCCAGCGUGGGGAGUUGACCCAGGGCCAAGUGGAGCCAGGCUUCACCAGUGUGUUCAGAGCCUGUAACCUACAGGGGGCACUGUCACUACUAGAGGAGCUCUCACUGUCCCCAAUCCCUUACCAAGAAGCCCCUAACGAGCCACGAACAUGCAGGAGAGGUAAGCGUGCGCAUGCGUGCGUGCACGAGUGCUAUGAUGAUAGUCAAAUUGAUGAGGUAAAGACUACUUCUGAUAAACGUGUACUCCAUUUAAUUACAACAUACCCGUCUCAAUUGAAAAUAUUUUGACUCAUUCAGGAUGUAGGCCUAAUUCAUGUUUAAUUAAUCUUUCUCACACUAACUGGUUCAUUGUGUGUUGCCAGUCCGGAAGUAUCCGUCGAUGCCCCCCCAGCUGGCAUGGCUGUUUGCCACGCGGCCGGUGUUCCUGUACCCUGAGCUACUGCCCCACGUCAGCCUGGACCCAGCCCUGCAUUCCGCGUGCUCCGUCAGCAUGUUCACCGCAGGAGAGGACUGGUAAGAAUGACCUAUUAUAAUGACUAAACGUUAUAACCUAAUUUAAUGCCCAUAUUGGAUCUGAUUUCGCAUAGAAUGCCCAUGUUAUACUGUAUAUGCUCUGUUAAAUGCACACCUUGUCCUAAACAAAUUUGUUUCCGUAGUACGUAAACUCGGAAUCUAAAUGAAUUUGAUUUUUGUAUGCUUUUUUAUGAGUGUUAACAACUCACUGACAAAUAAACUAAGUCCGUAGGCUGAGUCCUUUGCUCUUCGCUAUUUUGUUUUUUCAGCCUGAUCGUCCUGGGCCUGAGGAACCUUGGGGCGACCCUCCAGCCCAAGGAGCUGCUGUGUCACUACCUGCUCCGCGCCAAGAAGGUCUCUCAGCUCCGUGACCACAUUGUGAUGAAGUGUAAACCCACCCAUCCCAACAACGUCAUCAAGGUAGGACCCGGAUCUACAAUUUCUAUACAGUAUUGCUAAAGUGAAUGUGUUAGUGGGACUAUUUAUAGUUUGGGAUAGUGCACACACAUUUUUCUAAAUUACUUGUUUCUUUAACUUGGACCUGUUCUAUAGGCCAGGAGAGAUUACGAUCCACACUCUAGAUUUGUCAACAUAGCCAUAGCCACUAACAUUAACUAAUACUCAACCAACAUUAGUGUUGACCAUGAACAAUAAGAACGAAUGGACCUCAAAAAGCACCUCUCCCCACGUCUUUUUCAGGCCUACCGGCUCCAGAAGGUGGUCCAGCCCAUGCCAGUAGCCUGUGACCAAGUGAUGCCGGGUGACCUGCGCCCGCCAGUGGACAGAGAGGAGAGAGCCAUGCCCGGAUGGCUGAAGGUACCAACUACACUUAGAGUACUACUGCCUGAUCCCAAUCACAAAUCAACACUUAGGAUAGUUAGAAACUAUAUUGUUGGCCACCUAGCAUUCCAAUUUCCCUAGGGGAGCUUCCACUGUAUUGCAAACACUUAUUGUCAGAUCUGCUAACAAUAAAGAUUUUUUCGGACUGGAAGUUUGUUUGUAUCGGUGAAGAUAAGAUAAAAGUCAACUUUGUUUGGAUAAAGGAUGAAGUUUCAGGAACCAACUAAAUAGUUAAUAUUGAUUUAAAUAAAUGUUCUAUUCCUACAGGGAAGUUUGCCUUAUAUCUACGAGGCAAUCGAAGACCUCAACAGCUUGCCGGAUACAGAAGCCAUGUCGGCCUGUCAAUCAAAGAAAGCCCCACUCAUCACGCUUCUCUUCAGUUCCUCCAGAACCUUGGACUACAGCUUCCCAGCCGCGACUCGCUACCCGCCCCAACUCCCCGACAACCUUUCAUUCCAGCGCUGUGGCUUCAGGCGCUGGCACCGUCCACCAGCCUGUGACCUCUCACUGUCCCUGGCCGUAUCGCACAGCGCCACCCACAGUCUAGAAAGUGGAACUACACACUCAGAAAAUAAUUCCCAGACUGGUGCUGUGAUUCAGCAGUGCAUGGCCCACCACAAACUGCAACCCAUCCAGCCUGCAACAUCCAAACCUCCUCUUCUUCAGCAUCCCACCAAACCUCAUCUGAAACAACCCCUCAGGCCUCAACCCAAACUUUCCCAGAAGCCCCUGCAGGUCAUUCUCAAUUUGCCUGCCCCAGUGGCUGUCCUUUGUCCCGCCCCUUCCGCCAGGGUAUUGGCCUCCCGGUUGUCACAUUCUGCUCUAUUGGCCAAAGACCUGAUUGCUCUGAAGUUCAGCACAUUCGCCAACCUCCGCAGGCUGCCCAGGCUGCUGCCAGCUCUUCCACCUAACAAGAAGAACCCUCCGCAAACAAACCUGAAUACCGUGACCCUUAACAGUGAUGCAAACCUCCUUUUGUUUUCCCAUAUGAAUAGUAGAACAGCCUCAACUAGUACCGAAACCCAAACCUCUGUCUCUACUACGAUUCCUAUCGAACAAUUCAAGGACAAAUCCUCCAGGACCAGCCGGCGGGUGACGAAGAAACCCAAAAGCAGCCUGAAGAGUGAGGGGCAGCCCCAGCCUUCAGCCUCCCGGGAACCCCCUGCACUGGACCAGGCUCUGACCCUAGACGACUAUGUCACAGUUGUAAUGGAGGAAGAGGAGGUGGUGAAGGGAGAGGGGGGAGAUAAGGAGAGGGAAGAGAAAGAGGACUGUGGCAGGGAGGAUGGGGAUGAUUUUGGAAUUCCCCUCCUGGCCCUGUCGGAGUCCUCGGCCAGUCCCCCGGGGAGCGUUGACUCCAUUGACCCCAUGGAGGAGUCAGAGGAGGGGCAGGAGAUAACGCUGACCCUAUCGCCCAGGCCGUCGGGUAUGUGGGACGGAGGGAGAGAGGAUGACGAGGCAAGGGGAGUCAGAGAUCAGGAGGUAGAGGAAGUGAUGUCACCAGCCUCCGAGGAGUCCACGUUGUCCGUGCCAGAGCUGGAAGUGAGUGAAGUCAUUCCACACGUUGAUAUUACAACAUAUUAAUCAAUUUUAUUUACAAAGUGCUUUACACAUAUCACACAUCUCAUAGUUUUGGUUUGUGUGUUAUCUUUUCUUGUAGGAGACGAUGGAGAAACUGUCAGGGGGGAGGUCAGAGGACUCGGAAGAAGGCGAACGAUCAUGCACACUCUCAGGUUAGCAUCCCGCCUAUCUUUAAACACCACAACAUGGAGGGACACACACAUACGGUUUUUCCACUAGGAUUUUUUCAGCAGCGGUGGCAAAGUUAGCAAAGUGGGGGUGGUCUUCCUGGGGUCUUCCUGCGCAGGGCGGAGGAUGGGGUCUUCCUGGGGAAUAUAACUAUAUUAUAAAUAAAAUAUAUAUACAUAUUUUUUUUUGCAUAGUGUCGGCCACAAUUUGCAGUGGCAGCUGCUGCUAAAUGCGUAUGGGGGGGAACACUUCACAUAGCAUUGAUAUAUUUCAUAAACCUAUUCCUUUCAGAUUUCUACAAAGUCCUAGGGGUCUAUUUGGAAUUUGGGAAUCCUCCUGCUCUUCUCCCAUCUAACCACACCUGCUGGAUUUGAUUUGUCCUUCCCAGGCUGCCGUAGUAGCACCCCCAACCCUCCCAGCUCAAAGCACGAGCAGCAUCACACUGGAGAAGUUGGCAGUGAGGGGAAGUCCAAAAGCCCAACAAUCCUCUACGACGAUGACGACGUACUCGACAGCGACCCCCUGAGGGACAAGAAGGAAAUAGCCUUCGCUCAGAAUUAUCUCAACAGGGUAAAUAGUAAUUCAUUUUAUUUAUAAAGUGCAUUUCUCGCACCCAAGGCACAUAAAAGGCUGCAAAGGCUUUGGGCUACAUUUUCUGUCUGAUUAAUACCCCUUGCAUUGUGUGAAGUUGGCCAAAAUAAUCAUUUGAAAUAGACUGGGGUGGCAUUCAAUCCGAAACCACAACGGAAUAAGGCAGCUUGCGAUUGCAUAAACAACUGUUGUUGCAGUUCUAGAAAGGUCUGGAACUCACCUUUCUGGUAAAAAUAGUUAUAAAUUGCUGAGAUGUACUCACUUUGAGGACACAAGCUCAAGUACAUAGUACAAACAUAUGACUUUUCAUAUUUUUCUUAUUCAACAAAAGUGGGGCAAUAGGGCUGGAAAUGACAAAAAAAUGCUUUCUAAAUAUAGAAACAAAUUAUAAACUACUUACUAAAAGAUUUCACCUUAGAACAGUAAAAUAAAUAUGAUCAUACUUAGUGACAGUACAAUAUUGGCACAAUUUCAUAUAACUGACGACAGACAUUUCUUCUAAACAAAUCAAAUCAAAUUGUAUUUGUCUCAUGCGCUGAAUACAACAGGUGUAGACCUUACCGUGAAAUGCUUACUUACAAGCCAUUAACCAACAAUGCAGUUCAAUAAAUAGAUUUAGUUAAUAUUUUCUUAAAUAAACUAAAGUAAAAAAUUAAAUAAAAAGUAACAAGAAAAUUACAUAACAAUAACGAGGCUAUAUACAUGGGGUACCGGUACCGAGUCAAUGUGCUGGGAUACAGGUUAGUCGAGGUAAUUUGUACAUGUAGGUAGGGGUAAAGUGACUAUGCAUAACAGAUGAUAAACAGUGAGUAGCAGCAGUGUAAAAACAAGGGGGGUCAGUCAAUGUAAAUAGUCCACUGAGCGGCGCAGAGACACCAUUCAAAUGUGUGCAGAUUCAUUACAACUGCAGCUUUAAGCAUGAAGUCCAUCUGUGACCAAGAGAAAGUGGUCUUGUUUAAAUUCUAUGACAUUAUGUAGUAUUUUUUCAUGUUGAGAGCUCUAAAUCUGACUGAGAAUAUCACCGUGAGAUGAAACCACAACUGUUGUAUUCGCUAGACUGUCCCCUUUCAUAUACCGUCUCCCAGGCUGGGCUCAGUCACUCAAAGGAAGAGCAAAUCAAUUAUUUGUCUGGAUAGGCCAGAAAAUGUGACACGUCACUCCUUAUGCAAAUGUCCCUAUAUAGGGGACUUAACAGCUAAGAAGUUAAGAAAUCCUUAAUCCUACUGCAAAUAUAACUCUUGCUCUCUAUGACCAGGUGUGCCAUGCCCUGCAGGAGGUGCCGGGGCGCGUGGAGGAGUUUCUGGAGGUACUCUAUGAGUUUGAGCAGGAUGGAGAUAAGCACACCUCUGUGGCACUCUUCACGAGGCUAAAGCCUGUUCUGAAUGAGUGGCCGGAGCUGCUCCGAGACUUUGCUGCCUUCCUCCAUCCCGAACAAGCCCAGGAGUGUGGACUGGUAUGUGCUGGCUUGGCCUUCUAUUCACUUUGUAAAUACACACUUUGAAACUUGUCCAUUACGUGUGUGCGCACACGUGCAUGCUUUUGUUUGUGUGUGUGUGCUUUCAUCAAAACUAAAGCCCACUGGUCUGUUAUUUGUGUGUGACAGACGGUGCAUAGUCUUAUUAUUCCUUCUCCUCCUCCCCCUGCCGUAGCUCGCAGAACAGCAGGCAUUUGAGCGUAGCCGGCGCUUCCUGCGACAACUGGAGCUGAGCUUUGGGGAAACCUCCUCGCACUACUGCAAGAUAGUGAGCGUCCUUCAAAGAGGCCCUACUCUCAGUCCUGCUGGCAUCAAGGAGGUGUGCUAGGGGAUGCUACAUUGAUUUCACAUUCACAUGAGCAGAAUGUUCUACCUUUGUCUUGGAAAACGGCAAUAUAACAUAAUAUCAAAUCUAGCAAAGCAGAUGGGAUUGAAAUAUCAUAGUGGAGGUCCAUUUAUUUAUCAGAUUCAAUAGGUAGUAUAUUAGAACAUUAUGUCUCUUUCUCUGUCUUUCAGAUGAAAGCUCAGAUGGCUACCCUUCUCCGAGGUCACACCCACCUACAGGGGGAAUUCUGGGGGUUUUUCAACGAGCUCCACGUACGGCCCUCGCUGCGCUGUCAGACUGAGAAUAGAGGCUGUGGUGAUGUGACCAACACAAACUCCAUUUCCCAGAAGUCAGCAGCAAAUAAACCUAAGAGAUGCCAAGGUCCUAAAACCCCAAAAGCCAAACAAGAAAGGGAGGAUGAAGUGGACGAGGAGAAAGAAGGGGAUCGCUCCAACCGCCCAGUCUGUGCCAAAAACAUCUCGCUUACACCCAGUGGAGAGAAAGUCAUCCUCUGGACCAGGUUAGAGCCAUUGUCCUCCUGUUGUAUACUCAUUUAAGGAGUGGGAUGCAAAGUGGAUUCUACCAUUCUGGUAUAUUGUCAAAUAGAUACUUCGCAAUAUAAAUUAUUGUAUUCAAUCUUGUUUCGUUAUUGUUAUUUUUUAACAGGGAGGCAGACCGUGCCAUCUUGACCGCCUGCCAACAGAAGGGAGCUAAUAAAAGCACUUUUCAGGCCAUCUCCACCCAACUUGAAAACAAAACAGCCAAUGAGGUGGGAGUACCAAACCCAGUUCCAUUUCUACCACUUCCCAUAGCCCCACUAUGGGGCUGAAAGAACAGGAUAGCAAUGUGAAGGAAACUGCUAGUUUGGGUAGAACCAUCACCAUGUUACUACCUAUUUAGAUCUGUGAAGGGCCACAGAAGGGCCAACAGCUAGACCAAUGGGUACUAAAAUGGAACUGGGUCUGUGUGUGAUUUAAGAUGAUUCCUUUGGCCAUUUUACCCUUCUAUCCCUUUACUGUAACCUUCCUAAACAUGUCUCCUCUAGGUUUGCGCCCGUUUCCAGGACCUCAUGCGCCUGUUCCGUUUCUCCACCCAACGGGUCUGCUCCGAUGAGAUUAGUGACACAGAGCAGCCAACCAGCAGCAGAGAGCCAGAACCGGACUGA